UGCGGAGGUGUAUGUAAAACAAUGUAAUAACAUCAACAACACGCGUCAGAGGAAUAACAGUUUACAGAACUCGCUUUGCUUUGUAAUUUCAUACAGCACGCCACAAAACCCAUGCGAAGCGUGCGCUGUUUAAAAGGUUAUUCGAGGAUGUUGUCGAACAGACUUUAAAACAUUAACUUGGGUAUCGUUGAAAUGAAAACGAACACUUAAAGUACGAUUACCAAAUAAAGCCCAAGCAUCGUUUCGGAUGGUAUCAAAGUAAACAGCGGGUAAACUGCGCCGUCGCUCGUGACAACUGAAUCUAGGCAACGUAACGUAGGCUAAUGAUGACAAAAGUGAUUUAGCAACUCGAAACUGACUGAAGCAGAUUUAUUUUGAGCGGGACCGGGACAUAAUAACUAUAGUGGUCUCUGGUAGGAUCCCCCCAUCUGUUAUCCUCAGGCACCAGCCCGUGAUUGAGAUGGGCUGGGCCGCCUAGUGUCUUUUGUGGCGUGUGUGACAAUAGAGAAGAGCUGAAGGUGAUCGCAGGAGCAGCAACAUCACCGUAGCUACUGCGCUCCACGGAGAACGGACACGGGCACCAGGUGUGCUCAUAUCCAUCUGACAAAGCUACCAGAAGUUUAUCCACUACGACCACAGCAAGAGGGUUAUUUGACGCGAACUGGACGAGCUGGUCUCACUCCUCCUCUCUCCAGCACGCGUGGGCUGCUCGCGCUGGGAACUGGAGAGUGCGGCAAGAGAGAGCUCAUAUCUCAGCAUUCAACUCUGCCAGCAUUCUUCAACAAUAUCGGAUUCAUUCGUGAACGGCGGAGGUAAUUUAUCGGAGGAAACCACCCGAAGGCUUUAUUCAGUCCCACGUGCGUCUCUUAACAAACACGGCUAUUGUUCGGGGCUGGAUAUCCGUAUUUUACCCGCGCAAGCCGCAUUUGACUCGGGAGAAAUUGAGUCGUUGUGGAGUCGCGGUCCGAGCAGGUGCACGCGUUCAUAACUCCAUCCGGACUGAUUUGUGAAGGUCCGAGUGACGAUUAGGAAUUUAUAACCACAUUUUCUUUUUUUCCCCUUCAAUAUCUGGACUUAAUCGGCAGUGCAGAAAACAGAAUUAUGGAUAUCAAACAGCUUAUAAUAGCCUUUGCGGUUUUGGUGGUCUCAUGCUCGGCCCAGCGGGAGGUCACAGUUCAGGCGGGACCCUUGAUUCGAACGGAAGGCUCUCACAUCACCAUUUGGUGUAACGUGACCGGCUACAAGGAAGGGGUGGAGCAAGACUUUGAAUGGUCCAUGUACCUUUACACCGCUCCCGAUCGAGAGAUCCGUAUAUUGAGCACGUCCCAGCACAACUACGCCUACGCCUUGUACGCCCAGCGUGUCAACAGCAAGGAGAUCUACAUCGAGAGGCGGAGCAGAGACUCUGUCUUGCUGCACAUCACUAAGCUGCAGGCCACUGACCAGGGCAUGUACGAGUGCUACACUCCCAACACCGACAGCCGCUACCUGGGCACCUACAGUGCCCGAACCAACCUCACUGUGAUCCCAGACACUCUGACGUUGAUGGCCUCUGCUCAGUCUCUCUCGAAAGUGGAGGGGGACACUCUGCAGCUGAGCUGUGAGGUCGCACGCCAGACGUCCCAGCACACUCACGUUUCUGUGGGCUGGUACCUGCGUCCCGCUGAUGACCCCAAUUCUGGUCCACGUGACCUGGUCACCCUGUCACGGGACUUUGUUCUACGGCCGGGGGGACAGUACCGCCAACGUCUGUCUUCAGGAGACCUGCGGCUGGAUAAGAUCAGUUUGACUACCUACCGUCUCACCAUCUACAAGCUGCAGCCCACAGACCAGGGAGAGUUCUACUGCGAGGCCUCGGAAUGGAUCCAGGACCCGGAUCGCUCCUGGUACACCAUGACUCGGAAAGAGUCGGAGAAGACGUCUGUCAAAGUUCAGCCCACAGAUCGAGACUUUAGUAUCCAGGUGACCACCGAGCGCCGGGCCUACACGGCUGGUGAGCCGCUGGAGCUCCGCUGCACCAUCGACGCUCAGAACGUUCCAGAGCGCUUCUUCUUGGUGUCGUGGGUCUUCAGCAGCUCCCCCGUAGCCGUGAUUGGGCCCAGCGCCGUGCCCGUAUUGGGACCCAACUAUGUGGAGCGGGAGGCCACCGGCCUCCUGACUGUGCGCAAAGAGAGCCCGUCCAUCCACCUGCUCAAGUUACAGCGGCUACUGCCGGAGGACUCUGGGAAAUACAUCUGCAGAGUGACAGAACGGGAGAAGACCCUCACUGGAGAUUUCAUCGACCGCAGCAAACGGUCCCGUAAUGUUCAGAUCACUGUAACCCCUCUCAGAAGUAACAUCACUGUGUCAUUAUCCAGUAACACUUCAGAGAUUAUGGAGGGCGAGACCAUCCAGUUGACCUGCGUUGUUAGCAACACUGUGGGUCCCCUGUCAGUGACAUGGCAGUGGACCGAUAAGGAGGGCGAGGGUCCCGCUGUAACAGUGGCUUCAGUGGAUCGUGAGGGAACAGUCACUCCUGGGCUCACCUUUAGGGAGCGCAGCAGCUUUGGACAGGUCCGGGUGGAGCGGGUUCGACCCGACACAUUCACCCUGUUCCUGUAUAAUGCCUUCCCCUCAGAUGAGGGCCAGUACAGAUGCAGUGCCACAGAGUGGUCCCAGAGCGGUACUGCACCUGAAUGGAUUUGGCAGCAAAUUGGAGACGAAUCCGCCAGCAAGACUGUCACGGUAAAAUCAGUUGAAUCUUUCUUCUUCGUGUCAGCCUCCUCCCGUACGCCUAGCAUGACGUUUGGUGACUCGUUUGACCUGCAGUGCAUCGUGAAGCCACAGUACAAUCCCAGUGUUCCUACUGCAGUCACUUGGCGGUUCAAGCCAGCAGAGGGUGACGGAGAGUUCAGAGAUUUGGUGACAUUCACGCGGGAUGGCACUCUGCAGUGGGGCGACCAGUUGCUUGGCCUGGGCACGCGUACCACAGUAGAUCGUACGCCCACUAACACCAACUUCCGCCUCAGCAUAACUCGUGCCGGACGCAAGGAGGCCGGGACAUAUCAGUGUGCUGCCCUGCUUUAUCGGAGGAAUUACGAUGGCACCUGGAGCACGGUGGCCAACCGCACCUCCAACCCUCUGGGCAUCAGUGUACUGCAGCCUGUGAGUAAACUGAAGGUGCACAGAUCCAACCAGAGUCUGCAGUUUCUGGAGGACAGUCGGGUGCGUGUCAUCUGCUCCAUCACCUCUCAAACCAGCCCAGACUCUCAGCAUGCAGUGCUGUGGUACGCCCGGAAGGCCGAGGCAGGGGAGCCAGAUGAGCUGCUGUUGAAGAUCGAACACUCUGGUGCGUUCGAGUAUGGAGCGUACGCAGAGGAGGAACGUCUCCGCAGCCGUGUGCAGUCAGAGAGACUCUCUCCUCGGCUAUAUGGCCUCACCUUGCACCGUGCUGAGACCAGCGACUCUGGAACAUACUACUGCCUUGUGGAGGAGUGGCUCAUGGACCCCGAUGGACUCUGGUACCGUCUGGCACAAGACUCCUCCGGCUUCACACAUGUGCUGGUGAGACAGCCAGUGGUGAAGUUGCAGGUGGAGGAGGCAGAAUCCAAUAUCACCGUACCUGAAGAUGGAUCAAUCCGGUUGGGCUGCAGCAUUCUGUCUCAGUCCUCAAAAGAUUCCCGCUUCUCUAUAUCCUGGUAUGUGUACCGUUUGGGACAGGAGGAGGAGAAUGAAGAAGAGUGCGUCUUUUCCAUUGGUCAUGAUGCAGUGUUUGGUAAUGGGAACUGCAGCCCUACGGAGGAGCCCGGUCUAAACUCUCGCCUGCAGUUUGAACGCACCACUUCUGACCUGUACAGUCUAACCAUCCAGAAAGCUCGGCCCAGAGAUGCCGGCAGUUACUUCUGCCACGUGGAAGAGUGGCUGCUGAAUCCACGCAAUGCCUGGUACCGUCUGGCCACCAACAACUCUGGGGUCACCGUUGUUAAUGUUAUGGAGCAGGUCUCUACCCUACAGUCAGUGGUUUGUUCCAACGACUCCCUCUUCUACUUCGUCUUCUUCUACCCCUUCCCUAUCUUCGGCAUCCUCCUCAUCGCGGUCCUGCUGGUGCGCUACAAGACCCGCAGCUCCAGCAAGAACCAGGAGGGCAAGAACGGAGCGCCGCUCUUGUGGAUCAAAGAGCCCCAUCUCAGCUAUUCCCCAACCUGUCUGGACCCCCCAGUCCUCAGCCUUCACCCCGGCUCUGUGGAGUAACAGAGACACCAACAUGACCCUGUCGCGCUCAUCUGGACUCUCUCUUUGACUCCCUCUCUCUUUUUCUUCUCCUCCUCGUCCGUGAUGAGGCCACCAGAAAGUAAUCUGGGCUUCUAGCCUGGCCUGUCAAUCCGUCCAUGUGACUGACUAAGACCUUCCUCGGUUGAAGUUGCCAUGACUACGGUGGCUGCUGGCGCCGAUGCCUAGACAGUUGCUUGGCUUUUUUUCCCCUCUUCUUUUUUAAAACAUGAUUUUACUUUUCUUUCAUGCUCUGAAGUGAGAACCUUUCCUUUGAGGUGGCAGUAUCCAUAUGCAUUGAUGUAUUUUACCCAACUGACACUAACCUCCUUCUCUCUCCAGGAUAGGAAAUGGCAGUUUCUUUUUAUACUCCUGUCUAUGAAAUCUGGUGAAAACCAUUGCAUAUUAUUUGUUAUUUUGUCUGUGCUAAUAUUUGCUCAAUGAGACUGGAAGGUCAUUGCAGGACCCUGAACAUUUCUAGAGACGAUGGUGUAUGGAUGAAGGAAGAAAAGGACAAUCUUUCCUCAGAAAAACACAGAAAGCUGACAAUGGAUGUAUAUUGAUUUAGUUUGUGUGCAUGUGCCACAGAACUGACCUGAGAACUGCCUCUGUUUUAACGGAUAUAGACUAUGAAGAGCCCUCAUUGCCCACAGACUCAAGGAUAUACAUGGACCCCAGCUCAUCAUCACUGCCAAAGACCAAUACAACUCCCAAAAGCCCCAAAAAAUUCUAAUUCACUGACACUGAAUAGGAUUAGAGCAUCUGAUGUCAUCCAGUUACAAACCACGUUUCCUCACUCAGAUGUUUCUACAUGCCUCCAAAUUGCCAAUUUCAUAUCAAGGUCUUCUUGACCUUUCCAAUUUAAAAAAAGAUCCAUUUACUCCAGAAACACCCUUGUGAUUAUGAGCGUGUGUGUGUAUAUACACAGCUGACCCCACAUUUAGUGAGCGUUCGCCUCAGUGUCCUCGCAUUUUCAUAAUGCAAGGUUAAACGGAAACAAAAGGGGGGCACGAAGGGCUUUUCUCUCCGGAGUUUUUGAAUUUCUUGUAAAAAAAAUACAAAUAAAUGUCUUGAGGGAGACCGCUAACAGGACACUAUUGACUCAAGGGACAUUCUCAGUGCCAAGAUCUUUUUAUCAUCAUACGUGCCCUGGAAUGAACCAGAAGGAAAGCAGAUAUCGGCAGACUUCUGCGGAUAUGAGUUAUGAAGGGAUUUGACAUUUUGUUUUAUCUAUAUUCUAAGUCACAUGAAGUGUUGUUCUUCUCUUUAUUGGUUUGUGUUUGAACUAUGGUGCCCGAUCUUUGUGUUUUCCGCUGAAAAAAAUUGAAACAAUUGUGAAAGCUUAAUGCACCGUCAUAACCUGUAACCUGUGAAGACCUACUAGUGUGAUUUAUAUCUCUGAGGGUGAGUAUAGCAUCUAAAUUAUUGUUGGUCUCCAUAAACACUGCCAUGUUUUACCAAUGAAGAUGCUAUAACAGAACUUGAUCCUCACGUUUGCUCUGCAAUCCACACUAGUCCUGUGUCAUUCAAGAAAGCUCUAUGCCGAGCUCUGUUUAGAGCUUAGCUGUAGUGUUAAUUCAUUUUAUGUUCAAUUUUCUUUUCCUUUAUUUCAACUUGGACUUACGUCUUAUCCAGUAACACAGACGUGCGGUCUGACAUCAAACUGGACGUGUCUCACUUACAGGCAACACUGAAGACCUUUUGACCGUGUAACUUUCACUCCGUUCCCACAGUCGCUCAGAGUAUCAUCUGGGUCGCUGCCGCCCUCAUGUGAUCUCGACAGUCAACAUCGCGGCUUUUCUGUAAAUGAAAUUUAAAUCCAUUUGAACCUUGUGGUUGUCUUAUUUAUUGAAUCAUAAAACUCCUAGAUAGAAUAUGUGAACUUCAUAAAUCUGAGUAGACAGAAUGGGGUAGAAAUAGCAGUGAACAUUUAGGCAACUAUAACUUGGCUGCUUGCGUGCAGUAGCCUAGAGGAUUAUGGGAAGUAAUUCUGAACCAGUCUGAUGACACAGUGAUCUAGCUGUCCUGAUCUACUAAAUUCUGUUGAACUGUACAGUGCAUGAUGAUGAGUAAGGGGGACAUUUUAUUAAUGUCUGAAAGUUGUUAGUCGUGAUAUCAUGUCAGAUUAAUGGCAUCCUCAGAAUCUCCAUCCUUGUGGAAGGCUUCGCUGAUUCAAAGCAUCUGUUCAGCCAUGCGAACACAGCAACUCGCAAAUGUAAUGCAAACUUCUGUUUGAUCAAUAGGUUGGCCUUCCGCAAGCAGGAGAUGUGUAGUGUGACAUUGUGGUUCUGCUGUCAUUCAAUCUGUACAGACUUCUUCAGAACUCUAAAUAGUGUUUUUGUAGUUCGACAUGCCCAGCUGAAUCAUAAUGUUCUCACAAUGUUGUAAAUGCAUUUCGAGGGCUGCAUGUCAUGGCUGUGUUCUGGCAGUAUAGCUGCAAAAAAACUUAACAAAUGACAAAAAUAUUGUGUUGAUGUGUGUUCUGUUCAGCCAGUGCUGCUUUUUCAAGUGGUGAUUUU